CACCCAUACAACAAUCAUCAUGGCAAUCCCGACGAUCUGCCCGAGAGUCCAAUCGUAGGUCCUGAUGGCAUGCCCAUCAAUGGACGGGACCCCAGUACAGCCUAUUCUACCUCAGCUCCUUCUCCAACAUCGGCACAAGCAAUGUUUGCAAACCGCACAAAACGUCGAUCUGAAGUAUUCGCUCCUCACGAAAGUCCUUAUUUUUAUCCAGCCCAACAGCACUACAACCUUUGCAGCAUGGAUCGGUCCACAAGCUACAACAUCAAGAUUGCAGCCAAGAUUGAUCGCGGAUUCUUUUUGGCGGCAAAUGAUUGGACAUGUUACCGUCGCAACUAUUUCCAGAUCAGUGCCUCCUUCUCCAUCCAUGGUCUUGACACCUCUAUGCAUCCAGAAGUCCCAUGUCUAAUGGACCGCAACGGCGAAUUCGUUCAAGUCAACAAAUUCUUGAUUUGUAUUGGCGCGCAGAUUCAAAAUGGAGAAAAGGCAAUUGAGCUAGUUCAGCAUACCCCCAAGCGUGACAAAGGCCCACAGAUUACGCCUAGGCCGACACCUCUUAGAGCUGGAGGCGAUCUGAGCAUGUACUCUUCAGGAUCAAAUCCUAAUGUAGUUACAUUCGAACGUGUGCAGUUCAAAACGGCUACAGCAAACAACGGUAAGAGAAGAGCAGCCCAGCAAUACUACCAGGUCCAUGUGGAUCUGUUUGCAGAGACCAGUAUGGGUGAAAUGGUUCUGGUCGCGAGAUCCUUCUCUGCUCCUUUGGUUGUUCGUGGCCGAUCUCCUGGUCAUUACGCAGACAACGAAGAGAAUGCCGGAUCCGCUACGCAGCCCGUCGAUGAUAGAUAUUACAGGAACGAUAGCAUCAGCAGCAAUGGAGGAACUGCUCCAUCAGUGAAUGGCGACUAUCCUUAUUACCCCAACUAUGGAUACGGAUCGUCAUAUCAGUAUCAGUCUCUCGGGUCAGCCUCUCAUAUUGCUUCACAGUCCGAUCCCAAUUAUUAUGAGCGUCAUGGCUCAGAAUCGUCAUAUCCAACCAGCCCACUGUCACCGCAGGCGAGGCACCCAGGGUCAUAUAUGACCCCACAAAUCCAUCACGGCUUCUCACCUGCUUCGGUUUCGCCAGAUAUGUACAGCCCUCCUAGUUUCAUCGGCGCAGGCCCAGAAAGUCCGAUCAAUCGUCUUCCUCACGACGGGCACUAUACCUAUGGAUCCUCACCAUACUCACAAUAUCCUCAGCAACAGCAACAACAAGAGGAUGCUCAGGGACAAUACCCUGCACAAUAUGAACCAGAAGAUCAUGAGGCGCAGAUGGCCGGAUUGAGAAUUCACUCACCUGUGAGCCCUGGUAGUCCAGUGCAAGCAUCUGCUCGUCGCCAGUCAUUUAGCUCGUCUUUAUCAUCCAAAAAGGUUGACCGAAAUGUUGUCGGCCCUGCUCGCAAACCCCGUUCGAUCUCAAUGUCUGGUAUCAGCAAGCGUGCACCAAGUAAAACACGUCCAUCAUCAUCCAGAACUGUUCCUGUGAGUCCCACUAAGGAGUCUAUGAAAGGUCUUGGGAUCUCAACCGAUCGUAUUUUGGAAGAAGAACACCAGUCAUGAUUAGCACAUCAAGAAGGCUUUAAAGCUUUUGUAUUUUUUUUUUUUUUAUCAUCUUGAUACAUUUUUUCGCUGCAUCUUUUCCUAGUUCUCCCC